UCACGGAGGGUUUGCUCCAGGGGAGAGGCAAAUGUUAGGAUUUGAGCAUUCUGGCCUUCCCUGUGAGGAGGAAAACCAACUGAGGCCCAGUCCAGGCAACAGAGCAAGAUCCUGUCAGAAGAAAAGAAGGAGAAGGAGGAAGAGUAGGAGGAGAAGGAGAAGAAGAGAAAGAAGAAGAAAUCAUCUGCUGGUUUCAGAUACUGACACUGUUGAGAAUUCGGAAAAUGAUAUUACAAUUCCUUCUUAAAAAUGAGCGCAACUCUCAGGAUAACCCCAGAGAUACUAACCCAGGAAUCUCCUCCAAAAGAGGAAGAAGCGUCUGACGCCUUCCGGAAACGAGCCUUGUGGGAAAUGUGGUCUUGGCGGGAUGCCCUACAGCCCGGAGGAGACCGGGAACUCUAAAUGGACAGUUACUUCCGCACACGCGCAGUAGGAAGGUAGCGAGCAUUCUGCAUUCAGAAGGGUGCCGCGUGAAGUCAGGGCAGGGGCUGCUCUUUUAGAGUCUGGACAACGCUGUAACCUGAUCCUAGGCUUAGAGCCAGAGCUGACAGGGAGGCAGUGAAAGGGUGGCAGGUAAAGGUCGCUGUGUAGGAGUCUGUGCGUCUAACUGCACCUUUCCUGGUUCUGACAGCACCAUUGGCCCUAUCGGAGCCUGUGACAGGAAAUUUUAAGCCACUUCAGGGGAUCCCGGAAGAAAGCAUUUCUAGAGAAACUGCUAUGCAUUUUCAGGGUAGUCUCACAGCAAUCAUCUGCAAUAAAUGCUAUCACCAUUUUGCAUAUGAAUAAACUGGAGCUGAAAGAGAUGAAAUUACUUGCCUAGACUCACACGUCUUAAUCUCUGUCCAAGAGCUGCAGAAAUGAUCAAUUUCCAGGAAUCAGUGACAUUCCAGGAUGUGGCUGUGGACUUCACCCUGGAGGAGUGGCAGCUGCUUGAUUGUGCUGAGAGAACCCUGUAUUGGGAUGUAAUGUUGGAGAACUAUAGAAACCUCAUCUCAGUGGGAUGUCCAGUUUCCAAAACAAAAGUGAUCUUCAGGGUGGAGCAAGGACAAGAGCCAUGGAUGGUAGAGGGAGGGAACUCAUGCUGGAGCCAUCCAGAAGCUGACUGCCCACUUGUUGAUGAACCAGAGAAGCAAGAGGAAAACAAAGACAAUUUUUUGACAUCAGUUUUGUUCACAUUCAAUAAAAUUCUGACUAUGGAGAGAAUCCACCGUUAUAACAUGAGCACAAGUCUUAAUCCUACAAGAAAAAAAUCAUAUAAACCACAUAGGAGGAGUGUGCAACCUAAUUUAGACUUUCUUAAUUAUAAGAGAAGUUAUUGUGGAAAAAACUCUUGUGAAUGCUGUGAAUGUGAGAAGGACUUCAAAAAGAAGUUUCAUUUCAUUAGACAUGAAACAAACCAUACAAGAAAAAGGCCUUUUGAAUGCAAUGACUGUGGGAAAGCCUAUAGUAGAAAGGGACACCUUGCUACUCAUCAGAAAAUUCAUAAUGGAGAGAGACCCUUUGUGUGCAGUGACUGUGGGAAAGCUUUCAUGCAUAAAGCUCAACUUGUGGUCCACCAGAGACUUCACACUGGAGAGAAACCUUAUGAAUGCAGUCAGUGUGGGAAAACAUUCACUUGGAGCUCCUCCUUUAAUCAACAUGUGAAAUCUCAUACACUUGAGAACUCAUUUGAAUGUAAGGAAUGUGGGAAAACCUUCAGGUAUAGUUCAUCCCUUUAUAAACAUUCUAGAUUUCAUACAGGAGAGAAACCCUACCGAUGUAUCAUAUGUGGCAAAGCCUUUGGCAACACAUCUGUGCUUGUUACACAUCAAAGAAUUCACACAGGAGAGAAACCUUAUGGAUGUAUUGAGUGUGGCAAAGCCUUCAUCAAGAAGUCUCAUCUCCUUAGACAUCAGAUAACACACACAGGAGAGAAGCCAUAUGAAUGUAACAAAUGUGGGAAAGCAUUUUCCCAGAAGUCAAAUCUUAUUGUACAUCAGAAAAUUCAUAUGUAAUAUUCCCUUUAUGAAUAUGAGAAGAACUUAAAUAUUAGGUAAAUAUUACGAGAUAGAGAAUUCAUGUCAAGGAGAAAUCCACAAUUUGAAUGAUUUUGAAAGGGUAGAUUCCCAUAAACAAUCAAGCCAAUCAUGUUUUAGAAGUGAUAAUAAACGUUUUACAGAAAAAAAUCACAGAAAACACUAAAUUACAAAUAAUAGAGCAUAGAGCUUGGAAAGAAAGCAUAAAUAAUCAAGGAACCACUAAAAACUACAUUUACCAUUCCUGACUUUAAAUUUUAUAAUAAAUAAUAUAGUUAUGCAAGUGUGAGUAUAAAGUACUUGCUUAUUCAUUUUAUUAAAUUAUACCUAUUAUGAGUUUCUGCAGUAAACAUUACCAUUUUUCCUUCUAAUCCUAACAAUAACAACAUAAUUAACCAAAUUAGAAAAUGUGGUUUAAUAUGUUCUAUGAAUUUCAGUAAUAUUUUCAUCCAUUUGCUGGCACUUUUAAUGGGCAUGGCAGUGUUACUGAAUCUGAGUCUCCUCCUUAAUUAUAGAAGUGAAGACUUCUUAUAAAAAUUCUUACAAAGAUGUUUUCCUUUAUAUGUAAACAACAAAACAAAAAAUUUAACAAGAUACUAAUUGAAGAGAAUAAAGCAAUUUUGUUCUGUAUUAUAAUAAGUAUUCAGUUGAGGAAAGGAAGUAUUUAAAUAUGUAACUAAAACAUUUGGACUUCAAAUAUUCCUGUUCUUUUUCAUUGGUAUAGCUAUGUAAGAUGUAAGCAUAGCUUAAGAGGUAUUUAAGUGGGGUAUCAUCUGUAUUUUAAUAAAGUUAGGGUGUCAUGAUA